AUGGUCAGCACCCUGGGUCCUCCUCUCCCACCUGGCCGCCGCCGGCCUCGCAUCAUCAGAACCACGGCGCCGCUUCCCGCGCGAGGUCCCGCCACGUCGUCCCCCCGCGUUGUCCCCGCACCGCGAGAGCCGUCUGCGGGACGUGCUGACGCCGCCGAGGCGGUGACUCCGAUGCAGACCGGCAUCCCGGGCUGGCUGGGUGCUGGGGAGCACCGCCCGCUCCCGCCGGCGACACGCUUCACCGGAAGACCCGGGAGCCGCGGAGAGAAGCCCGGUGCCCAGCGGAGGCCCGCAGGACGGCCCGCCGAGGGCCACCCACGCCGCCGUGCCCGAGCUAACCCUGUGGCCGAGAGCCGCCUCCCCCUGGAAGCCCACCGCGUGCCGGCGGCCAGCUUCCGCUGGGCGGACAGCCGCCGAGGGGAGACACGGAAGCCGACAGCAGGUGUUCUCUCGAGUAAGGACAGUGAGAGUGGAGCGUCUCGCCGUCCUCGUGCUGCUGUGUCUGCCCGUCGUACCGUGAGCGAGGAGGACUCCGACGCAGACUUUGUGAAGCAAUACCUGGAAGAGUACUACAGCCUUGCAAAAGAUGUGAAACCAUCUCUUAGAAGGGACGGUGUUCCCCUCAUUGAGAAAAUCCGAGAAAUGCAGAAGUACCUUGGGUGGGAGGUGAUGGGGAAGCUGGACGCAGACACUCUGGAGAUGGUGCGUAAGCCCAGGUGUGGUGUUCCUGACGUCGGCGGCUUCACCAGCUUCCCUGGCAUGCCCAAGUGGAGGAAAACCCACCUUACCUACAGGAUUAUGACUUCUACACUGGAUUUGCCAAGAGAUGCUGUUGAUUCUACCACUGAGGAAGCCCUGAGCCUCUGGCAGGAGGUGACCCCACUGACCUUCUUCAGGGCUGAUGACGGAGAGGCUGACAUAAAGAUCUUCGCAGUUAGAAAUCAUGGAGACUUUAGCCCUUUUGAUGGGUCGGGACAUGUUUUGGCGCAUGCCUACCCGCCCGGCCCCGGCAUAAGAGACGCUCUUGACGACGAUGAACUCUGGGUGGAGAAUCGGUCAGGAACCAACUUACUCUUGGUCACUGCUCAUGAACUUGGCCACUCCUUGGGUCUCUUUCUCUGGGCCGACCCCCGCGCUCUGAUGUACCCAGUCUACAGCACACACACAGACCUGGCCCGCUUCCGCCUUUCUCGAGAUGACAUGGAUGGCGUCCAGUCCCUGUACGGAUCUCCCCCUGGCUCCCCAGGUGAUCCCGUGGUGCCCACAGAAUCUGUGCCUUCAGGACCGGGGACCCCAGCCGCGUGCGACCCUGCUUUGUCCUUCGAUGCAGUCAGCACCCUGAGGGGAGAAAUCCUCUUCUUUAAGGACAGAUAUUUCUGGCACAGAUCUGACUGGAGCCUUGCUGAAUUUCAUUUGAUUUCUACAUUUUGGCCCUCUCUACCCUCAGGCUUGGAUGCUGCAUAUGAAGUUACAAGCAAAGAUACCCUUUUUGUGUUUAAAGGUAAUCAGUUCGGGGCCAUGAGAGGAACGGAGGUACAAGCACGUUAUCCGAAAGGCAUCCACACCCUGGGUUUUUCUGCAACUGUGGGGAAAAUUGAUGCAGCCUUUUCUGAUAAGGAAAAGAAGAAAACGUACUUCUUUGUAGGGGACAAAUGCUGGCGAUUUGAUGAAAACAGCCAGUCCAUGGAGCAAGGCUUCCCCAGACCGACAGCGGAUGACUUUCCCGGGGUUGCAGAGGUUGAUGCCGUGUUUCAGCACUUUGGAUUUUUCUAUUUCUUCAGAGGGCCAUUACAGUUUGCCAUUGACCCCAAUGCCAGGACGAUAACACACACACUGAAGAGUAACAGCUGGUUGUACUGUUAG